CUAAACCACAGAGCACCUCAUGUCUUCAGUCCCGCUCGAGCUGUAGUCCCUCAUGAUUCAGAGGAACACAGGUGUGUGUGUGUGUGUGGACUGAGCGAUGGCCCAGCGCUGUGGUGAAGGCCAGUACAUGGACCGGCUGGUGCGAGAGUGUGUGUCCUGCAGUCUGGUGUGUCACAACAACCCUGUUCUCACACGCUGCUCUGAAUACUGCGUGUCCUGGAGAUGUAAAGCCGUGUCGGGUCAGUUCUAUGACCGGCUACUGAAGAAGUGUCUGAACUGCUCUGAGAUCUGUGGCAGUCACCCGUCGGCCUGCCGACACGCCUGCAAGAUGACGCAGGGUCCUGCAGGCGUGUCUGCAGUUCCUCUGGUCACCGGCAGGGGGCGCGCAGGGAUUCACACACACACACCCGCGCUAUUCUCAGAGGCGCUGCUGUUCUCACUGCUGGGUGUGUGUGUUACUGUCCUGCUGUUCACACUGACCACUGCGAUCCUGAUGCUGAUCAGAAGAGCCAAAUACCAGCAGGACACCAGUAAACCGCAGCACGACCAGCACAACCAGCACGACCAGUCAUCCAAAGAUUCUCUGAUGACUCGAGCUGCUGAUGUGAACCAGGAUCAGGACAGAUCGAGAGCCACAGAAACAUGCGUCUACUGCUUCUCUGACCACACGGUGGCGCCACACACACUCUAUCAGCAGGCCGGAGAGAACAACAGCACACACACACAUCAUCAAGCGCUCACACACUCCGACAAGAGCCGGCCGUUCAGGAUCAUAUGUUCUCCUACUCAAACAAGCUUGUGUGAAUACACUAGUCAGAUGCGAGUGUGAGGGAGAAACGAGUGCGUUCACACUCAAAAACAUUCCUAUGGAAAAUCAAUGUCAUUUUAGCUUUAAUAAAUGCUAUUUAUUAGAGCACAACACACUCUAAGCCAGCUUCAUCUUGAAAGGAGCCUAGUCUAUAGCUUUCUCGGUCAUAUUCGCCAUAGAUAGACGUGCAGAAAAGUCUCGAACCAUGAACAAAACCAACAGAAUAACUCAUAAAUCACCAUUUGAUUCAAAGGUCAAACACACACGAUCCAUACUUUGAAAUGAUUAACUAGCCUAUAAGAAGCCUAUUCCACAUAAGAAAAAAAAAUCAAGCUGAGGUAAAUCAUAAUUAUGACAAAAUUCUAAAUCAGGAUUUCUCAAACUUGGUCCUAGAGUUUAGCCCAAACCCUGAUCAAACACACCUACCUGUGAGUGAUCCUGAAGACCUUGAUUAGCUUGUUCAGGUGUGUUUGAUCAGGGUUGGAGCUAAACUCUGCAGGACAGUGGCCCAAUUAUGACACGCUAAAUCGAAAUUAAAACAUACAUCGAAAUUAAGACUUAAAAAGUCAAAAUUAUCACCUACUAAAUCGAAAUUAUGACAAAAUCAAAAUUAAGACUUAAAAAGUAAAAUUGUGACAUUAAUUUGAAAUUAUGACAUAAAAAGUCCAAAUUAAGACUUAACAAAUCAUGACACUAAAAGUAAUAUUUAAGAUUACUCUUUAUCUAAAAUUAUGACAUUAUGAUUAAUUAAAAGGUCAAAACUAUGACGUUGACUUUUAAGUCAUAAUAUUUACUUAGCCUAAAUGUGUCUAUUUCGAUUUAGAUUUCUACUUUUUAAGUCACAAUUUCCAUUUAAAAAAGCUAAUGACUUACCGCGACGCAGGAUGAUUUUUAUACGUGUCGGAAAUGGGCUUCCAUACAAGAGUGACUCUUUCAUAGAUAAGAUAUCUACGAUAUUAUCAUAUGUAUACCGACUUCGACCGCUCCAGACAAGGCUCGCCAUCUUGGAACGGUCAUCAUGACGUCACUUCUCAGUAAAACGCUGCGUUCCAGAGGAGAUUGGAGUGCGCGGGAAUAUCACCAAGUUAAAGUUCUAGGCAAUCAGAAGUCACGUUCACAUUUUUGACCAUAUGUCGCAACGACACAACAAGAGCAUAUCAUGUUUUGUGUGAAUUAUCUAAAUUCCCUAAGAAAUGGGAUAACCUUUCACAGUUGAGAAUGUGUUGGUUUGUGGUUUUUAUGUGCAGUAACUCAAUAUUACAGGUUUGACUGGUACCUUUGAAAAUGUUUUCAGCAGUACUAUGGAAGCUGCUCAUUGUCAUGUUAGAUUACGCCUUCGUGUUGUUAUAUUGUGUUAGUUUAGCAAAAUCAUCUGCUAAAGUCAUAAAAUUCAUACAUGCAUGACCGUUUGCUUGCUUUGACUGUUCCAAUAUGGCGGACGGCCCAACGACACAGCUGCUGAGGCAUGUUACUCUACACGACAGCUACUAAACACAAUACUUUGUCUUGGAAACACAUUUAAUCGUUAAACAUUGGAGCUCAGAGUCAGUAUAUUCUGUGGAGAAAACAAAUAAGAUUUUAUCUCCCUGAAUCCUACUGUUGUGCAGUCACUAACUUACUUCCACCCAAUGAUUAACCACUGUACAUUAUGACAACUGUUUUGCAUCACAAGUUUUCUGAAAUAGUGUUUAAAUAUGCAAACGAGGUAUUAUCUUACUAAAUAUGCAGCAAUUUGCAAACAUUUUCAGAAGAGAAAUCCGAAAGGUUCAUAAUUCUAUGAUUUUGUUGAAAUGUACAGGUUUUUAACAGAGGGUAUAAAAUACUGCCAACAGACAGCAGAAAAUACAUUUUCGCCAUGUUUAAAUGUUGUAACCAGGCGACCGAUAUAUGACCAAACUUUAAGAAUAUAGAUGAAUUAAACUGUAAAGUUUGGUGUGUAAAGCUGCUGAACAGGAGAUUUCUGACUCAAACUCACCAACUUAAAAGAUAUAGGCUAUAGAUUGAUAUCAGAUGUGCAACUGGAUGGUGUGAUAAAAGGGAUCGUUCACUUUGAAAUUAAUUUUUGAUGUUUUAUCUUACCUCA